AUUGUGCGACUCAUCGAGUCAUUCUCUGCACCCCACCCCGAGAUACACCUCGAGUAUGUGCCUCUGGGGUCUCUAGAUGAGCACAAGGUCAUAACAUACGAAGAAACCCUAAUGAUCGUUCAUCAAUGCUCAUCGGCUCUGGCAUACCUGCAUGGCUUGGAGACGCCCAUCGCGCACCGAGACAUCAAGCCGGCUAACAUCCUUGUCGAGAGUCGUUCUAACGACAGUAUCUCGGUCAAGUUGGCCGACUUCGGGCUGUCACGGCAUAGUUCUGAGUUGAUGACUUUCUGUGGCACAUACCUCUAUCUCGCCCCGGAAGUCUACUCAGACAUGCGAUCACACGCUGGUUAUACUGAGGCUGUUGAUAUCUGGUCUCUUGGUGUGGUGGCAUGCCGACUAUUGUACGGUCUACCACGAUACAAGGACGAGUACAAGCAGAACGGGCUGGCUUGGUGUGAGAAGGUCGUUACGGUGAUGCAAAGGAAUGUUGGUAGACAACCGACUGCGCUGGGAUGGAUUCUUGUGGAAAGUAUGGUGGUUUUAUCCUCGGAGUCGAGAUGUUCAGCUAGCGAUUGCUGCGACGCGUUAGGAAAUCUGCUUGGAUCUGAGCUGGAAUCGUUUGACGGGCUGGCCUCAUCUUCAUACUCUGGGAAAGGAGACCAAGAGACGUUCAUGUAUGCUCUGCAGAGCGACGAUGCCGAGGACCUGUCGACUAUCAUCCACCGGCCAAGGUCUACGGGAGAGGUCAUCCCAUCCUUAUUCGUAAGAUCUGGGGCGCCACAACCCGAGUCGCUUGCACUGUCCGAGGUGAACCCACAAUAUGGAGUCUCCAAAGGAAUAUCCUCGUCGGCGAUGAGACAGUACUACAACUGGCAAGCGGGCCAUGAAAUGACCCGUUUUGUGGAAGACUAUUCGGCAGACCCGUUGCACCCCCUCUACGUUGGAUCGUCGUUAGCUUCACAACUAGGUCGAGGCAACUCGGAAGAAUGGGAAAGCCAGUUCCUGGCGGACUCGUCACAGGAGAAUCAGGACAGGGCUGAGGGUCUGCAGAGUUGCACAAUACUGGAAUCGAAGACCCCACGAAGCGAGAACGCAAAAUGGCAAGCAGCCAGCGGACCUGGUCCAGUUGAUGAAGGCAAUGCAAUCGACUCUGGUGAAUACGACGAAAGGGAGCAUGCUGCGUUGUUGCUUCAGGCUUUGGGCAAGGGGCAGUGGUAG